AUGUCUGAAAAUACACCAAGUAAACCUGCACCAAAAGUGCGAGCCAUUGUUCAGCUCUUGGACUUUCGAAUAAUCGAAAUAAAUUUGCAUCCAAGGCUAUCAGCAGAAGAUGUUCUUCGAAUGAUUGCAGAACAAUUGGAUAUUAAUGCAUUUUGGGAUUCACGGUAUUUUGGAUUGAGUACAACUGAUGAACAGUGAGUUGGAUAAUAAGUUAAUUAAUUAAUGAAAUAUUCUCUUUUGUUUCAGCGGCGAUUUACAAUGGAUCGAUAGCCUUGUUAUUCUCAUCGAUUUGGCUCUUUCACUCUCAAAUUUCAAUGGUGUUCUAAUGCUUUCCCAUCGUAUUCGAUUCUUCAAUGAAAAUAUUUGUGAAAUUCAAAGUGCAUCAACCGCCAAAUUCUAUUUCAUCGAAGCUCAUAAUCAAUUAAUGCAUCAUGAAUUACUUGUGAAUAGUGAUACCUAUUUUGAAAUGGCUGCUAUUUUAUUGACAGUUUAUGCAGCAGAUUGCAGGUAGAUACUUGAAAAUAGAAAUGGGGAGGGGGAGAGGCCGAAAAUUCAAUUGAAUUGAACUAGAUUUCAAACACACAAGUACUUUAUACAUUUCAAUUCAAUUUUUUGUCAUUCAGGAAAGAAACAUUGAAUGAAUUAUUAUGCCGAAUGAUGCCAAAUGAUCAUCCCCCAUACAUUUUAAUUAAAAACAAUCGAAUUGAGAUCGAACGAAAGAUUUUCGACAUAUUCGGUCAUCAAAAACACGUCAGACUACGCCAAGGAAACGCUAUGAUGAGGUAAGUUGUCGGAAUGAUCAAAACAUUUAGCAGUAGCAGCAGCAUUCUCCUGUCUUUCAUUUCUUUAUGGGCUGUUUUAUAUGUGAGAACAUGCAAGUUUUGUUCUUUUUCACUCGUUUUUUGUUCAAUCUUCAUAAAUAUAAAUUUUUGCUAGGUUCAUUAAAUUGGCUGAGAAAAGCGAGUCAUAUGGUUAUAAAAUGUACGAAUUGAUGGAUGAUGAUGGUGAAAUGUGUGUGGUGUCAAUUGGUGGACAAGGAAUAUUUGUGUAUCGAAGAUCCAAAAUCGAAAAUUUGAUCACAUUGAAUAUGGUGAGAAUUUUGGGGGAGGUUGAAUUGGAGAAUUUUGUCAGAAACUUUUUCUAAAAAUCGAGCAUUUCAUAAUUUUCUAUCGAAAAAAGCUGAAAAUCACGAAAUUUCAGUCAAAUUUAGCUCAAGAAUUUGAAUUUUUCACAUCUGAAUUUUAGCCUGAAAAUUCAAAAGCUCUGGUGAAUUGCAAUAUUUUUAAUAUUUAAUUUCUGAAUGAAAUUUUGCAUUUAAAAAAUUCCAUGGUUUUUCUUCUCUAUCUCUUUUUUCUCACAGAGUCUUCCUUGGCGCGUCAUCGAUAAUUUAUAUUUUCGCGACAAAGUUUUCUCUAUUGAAAUCCGACAUUCCAAACUGUAAGUCUCCCUCUUUUUCCCAGAAAAACCUCCCACGUUUUUUUUUCAGAAGUGAAACUCGAAAAAGUUAUGAUAGUUUAGUUAGCGGAGAUUCAACAUUGGAAAAUGAUCGAAAACUUUCAGAAGCUUGUAAUCAUCCAACAACACAGUAAGUUAAAGAAAUUUAGAGGUUUUAUAGUAGGAACUUGAAAUGAGCUGUAAUUUACUAUGAAAAUCCAAUUAAAAGUUCCCUUGUUAGUUUUUUUUUAUAAUUUCCCCCCUCAUUAUCUACUCAAAAUUAUUUGAAUAAACAAAACAGAAUAGCGCAACACUUCACAGUAGCUAAUAAUAUUUGCGUCACAACAAAACCCCAAAAAGUUUCCUUUUUCUCAAACCGACAUUAUUGAUGAGAGAGUGUGUGAGAUGAAGAGACGCAGGUGUGGAUAUUAGAUAAUAAUUUGGAGAACAAAAAGGUGUGGCAUGAUUGAACGGUAAAGAGCUUUUUGUAAAACCUAUUGGGUGGUUUUUUUUUGAAAAUGCGACUUUGAAUAAUUUAUGAGUGAAGGAAUGAUUGACAGUGACAGCAGAAUAUUUAGAUGGCGGGAAAGAAAUGAGAUGAGAUAUGAAUUAUUUAUUAGGUACGGUAGGGGAAAAGGCGCGGCGCGGGAGUCGGGAAAACAGUGCAUUUUGAAUUUGAAUGUAUCGAAAUGAAUGAGAAGUUGGUUUGAAAAAACACGGGAUUAUUUUUUCGACUCAAAAAUCUUUGUGUCAAUCAAAAAUUCUGAAAUUUUGUACAAAAUCAUGAACCUAACAACUUCAAAAGAAAAAAUUUCCAUUUUUCAAUACUCGUAAGACUUAUCUGAAAAACUAUCGAUUUACAAAUUUGAAAUCUGAUAUUUCCUGUCCAAAAUCUUUCGUCUUCCCUGAAAAUUUCCCUAAAACUUGACCUUUCAAAAACUCUCUCCAAUUGUUUUUUUUUUCCAGAUUCUCAACUCUUCGCCGACGUGGAAUCACAUCUCAUCCACGUGUUCUAAUGUUCAAUUUCACUUGUCAAACUUGUAUAACUUGUCGAUCAAUUUGGUCAUCUGCAAUUGCUCAACACCGAUUUUUUCUCGAACAAAAAACGAUAAGAAAAGUGAGUUUUUUCAGCUUCUAAAAAAUUCAAAAUCAAAAAACAAAAAAAAACUAAAAAGUAAAAAAAAGAAGUCAAUUUCCCACGACUUAUUAAUCAAAAAUGAAUCAUCUCACUCUUUUCUAUCUAUAUUCCUUAUUUCUUUCUUUUUCUUAUUUAUAUGUAUCUGUUUUUUCUAGCUCACAUCAAAAAAAUCUCUUAUUUUCUUUUACUAUAACAUCCGCUUGUCGGAUAUGUUGCCAAAUUGUGAAUUUUUUACUUUUCAUGUUUUUUGUGUUGUCCGUGGCAACAACUUUGUGUUUUUUUGGCUUUUUCUUAGAAAAUAUAAUUUUGGGGUUUUUGAAUUUUGAAUCGGGAAGUUCAGUCUUGAACAUGUUCUAGAAAAAUUUUCAUAAAAUUUUUUUACGUGGCUUUUCAAAAUCUGAUGCAAAAAAUUAAUUUAUUUCCUCGCACCUCGAAAAUGUUGAGCAAAAUUCUGAAUAGGAAUAAUUUUUCUCUAUUUUUGGCCCCCAAAAAACCACGUGGCAACACGAAUUUUUUUUGCCACGUGGCGAAUAUCCAAAUUCUGGAGCUCCUGAAAUCCACGUGGCAAAUGAAAAAUGAAAAAUGAAAAUUUUUAUUUUUAGUUUUUGAAAACAUUUUUUUGUUCCCCCAUUAUUUUGUCUCGGUUAAUCGGGUGGCGCAACUGUAUUAUUUAUACACUUUAUAUUAAUUUUAUUGCUAGUGUUUGAAGUGGUGCGCGCUUGCGCAAACCAAUGAUAAUCCGCUUCUCUUUUCUUUUUUAAUAUGGUGUGAAAAUGGUGACAUUUGAUAUUAUUGAGUGACAGGAAAAUGAUGGAAAAUUGGAUGAACAUGUGUUUUGGAUGAGGUCAUUGUGUAAAAAAUGGCAGAAUUUUUUCAGAUGAAAUGUGUAGGAAGAGAGAUAUAUGAAAAUAUGAGGUUUUUUGAUAGAGAGAAGAAUUGUUAUCCCUAGAAAAAAUUUUCUCAAAAAAUCACACCUCGGCCAAAAUCGUGGUUUCCACAAUAAAAAAUUGUACGCUAACUUUUUACAGUACAAAAAUUGUGAAUUUUUCAGUUUUUGUACUCUAUAAACUGAAAUUCAGAUGUUUCAAAAAAUUGGUACUCUGGCCAGCCACGGCUUGGCCGAGGUGUGCAAAAAAUCCAAGAUGGUCCGAUUUUUGGUGGUUCCAUUCAGAUAAGCAACUUUGAUUUAGCUUCAGAUCAGAGGGUUGAUUCCAACUUCUAAUUCUGUUGGUUCUAAAAAAUCAUUGGAAUUUUUAGGUCUUGUGAUAGUUUUUGUCAUCUUCAUAAUCAUUUCUCAAAAGUAUUUUUCAGUCAUUAUUUUUUCAGUUUUUCAAAGUCUUUUCCACACUAUCACAAGUCUCAUUUAGUUUCUUGGUUUUUCGGAAAUUCUUAGGAUAGCAACUCAAUUAACAAAUUUAGCAGAUCAAAGAUUUUUUUCCCGUUAAAUUCGAUUAGAUAUUGGUUAUCUCAAAGAUCCCUCUUCCCAAAUAGUUUAUUCCAAAUUCAUGUCACCUUUUUAUUUUUUCGAAAAUUCUAUAAAAUAUUCUGUACUCUCUCAUGUUUCAUUCAUCAAUCUUUUUUCGGUUUGAUCUCCUUCCAUUCAAAUGUACUUUUUUCUGCGGCAUUUGUUUUUGUUGUUGUUUCACCUACCCACAAGCUAAUUUAUCAUUGUUUGAAAUGGUUCAAAAAAGAAACAGACGCGUUAUUUUGUUUGUUUGAUUCAUUCAAAAGGAAUGAAAUAGAAUGAGCGAAAAAAACAACAAAACGUGAAUUUAUUGCAUUGUUUCUGUUUUAAUGUGCUUUUUUUCUCAUUUUUCUUCGUCGCGUUUUGAUUUUCAAUAUUGUUUAUUUAUUGAUUCCAUCGUGUGCCUGGUUAUUUUUGAUUGUUUUUCUGUUGAUUUUUGAGACUGACAUCAUUUUGAAUUUUGCUGAUUGAAUUACGCGGUUUUAUUUGGGUGUGGUUGAUUCGAUAUGAUAAGAUUGGUAUUUUUGGAAUGGAAAUUAAUUAAGAGCCUGAUCUGAGUAGCUUCAAUGUUCAAAUAAAAUGUUCGGAAUUGUUCCAUACUGAAAAAAAACUGGUGAAUUUUGGAAGGAUGUGAACUCCAGAGAACUUUUUUCCAAUGAAAAAUUGAGCAUUGAUCCGUAAGCCCAUUUCUUCUUCUUCCUUCUUGUUCUGCAAAAAUUGUGACUCCACUUUGACCUCUUCCUCCUCAGAUCUUCUCUGAUUCACAUGAUAAUCAAUUGACAAAAUCCAAUCAGCUGCUUUUUCUCGAAAUUCUUCUCAUUUUUUCGUUUUCUUUUCCCGUUCAAAAAACAAUUAUUUCGUUGUUCCCACAAGUUUUCGUUGUCUGUCUUUUUGUAUGUGCAACAACCUUGUCUUCUCAACCUUUUUUUCCUUCCAUCCGACCCCCUCUUCACAUUCAAUCUACAUAUGAAUGAAUUACAACAAUUCGUGUAUAGUACUCUUUCUCUCUUUUUUUUUUGGACAUUCAUUUGUGUUCACCCAGUGGUUUUUUGCGGACCGUAUUCCUCAAUCGAUUCCGAUUCCGUUUUUUUGUUCAAGUUUUUGUACAAUUUUUUCAUGCUGUUGUUUGAGAAAUGAUGGAAUGCCCAUAUUUGUACAGUCGCUCGCUCAUCUUCGUUUUCGAAAAAAAAUUCGAUUCAAAUUUUUUCUCUGCAUGUUUUUUGUCGGGCACCACUUGAAACUUUAAUAGUGUCAACCGGAUAUUUAUUUUUAUCAUUAUUUUAUGGUGGAUUAUUUUAGUCUAGGGAUUUUUGACCUGUAAAACGUUGCUCUCACAGUUAAUAAAUUUUCUUAGGAUUUACCCCGAUCUUGAAAACCAGGUGUACUAAAAAGACCACCAUGAAAUCUUCAUGAGAAAUUUUUGAAGUGUUUGCAUAAGAUAUGAUAAUUUGUAGUUUGAUCAGUGAAAAUUUGCGAUUUAAUGAAAAUCCCAAAUAUUUUUCCUGUGACUAAUAUUUCCCAAAUCAAAUCAAAUCUGUUUUGCUCACUCAAACCACUUCUACAGACAAACAAUGCGUUUCAUUGUUUACUCUUCCCAUUCUUUUUCAAAAUCAAUAUUCCAUCUUCUUCUUCUUCUUCAAAAACACCUCUGUUAAUCCGAUUCUUGUAGUGAGCAGACAGACUUGCGCGCACUUGAAAACACUGCGAAAAAUCGCAACUUUUUGUGUGUGUUUGUGUCCUACCUAACUGAAGAACAAAUAACUGUGGGUCAAUUAACAACUAAUUUGAUAAUAAUAGAGGAGGAGUGUGUGUGGCAGCAGCAGAAACAACAAAAAACUGACCAAAAAUAAAUCCGUGUCCUCGCGGAUAUAGAACCAAUUAGUUUCCCGACACAAUUUUUAUUAAUUGGUCGCGGAAAGUGUUAAAAGAUUUAUUAUUGGUUAGGUUAGAGGUGUGGCAUGACCCAUUUUUUUCGUCUGUUUCCAAUGAAAAUUAAUGGAUGCUUUUUACUGUCUAGCAAAAAACCAUAAAGCUACCGACCUACAAAGUGGUUUUUAUGACUUGUUCGCCUCGUCUGGAAAGUUUGAACUUGUGGCGGUUUUUGACAAAAGCAAAUCGUACACAUCACAUCCCGUUCACAUUGUGACUCAUUGACGCAUUUUAUUGUUGUGUCAUUUUGUGGAACUUGCACUUUUUUUGUGGGAAUUUGAAUUUUCGUUGGAAGGGAAGAGGAUUGUAAUAGAUGGUACUGGAAACAUCGGAGUUUUGACAGAGAAGAUCCUUGAGAUUCGCCAAAAUUUGUGAAGUCGUUCGAUAUUCGCAUUCUUCUGAUGUUGGUCGAAAUUGGCCCCGUGCAAUAAUGUGAACCCAAAGGUUUGAAGUUUUGAUCGUCGGACUUUGUACGCUUUUUUCGAAUUCUCGAUCUCGAUUCGAAUUUUUCACCGUCUGGUUCAAUUGAAAAACUCGAUCUUUCGAAUCGCAUCAGAUUUUGAAGAUAUCUUCAUCAGAAAAGUUCUGAAUAGGAUCCGAAGCUCCUUUAAAACCUAGGAAUGUCCAAUCGUCAUGAACGCUAAAUUUUUUAUCAUUCUUCAUCGUUUCCCAGGCAGCCGGUUGGCUUUUCGGACUUUCAAUUGUUCGAAAACAUGUACACACACAUUAAUAUAAUCCAAUUUAUAGUACUACUAUAAUAUCCGGUCGUUUCUUCUUCUUCUUUUGCAUUUUGUUGUUGUUGUUUUUGUACAGUUCAACAACAUGUAAUCCUCGUUCCUCUUUUAGUUUCCCUCCCCAUGUUCUUUUCCCUUUUUCCCGUCACCCAACGGCGUCCUGUGAAUUUUAAAGACAAGGCCACAGAGGGCGGGCGAUCUGGGCGCGCAAUGCAAAAGUGCGCAACAAUCGACCUAUUGUCUCUCUGCCUCUUUUUUCUCUCUCCAACCGUUUGUCACUAUUUCGUCUCCACAUUUCUCAUUCUCUCUAAUAUUCUACAACUAUUUUACCUAUGUUCUUCUCAUCAGCAUAGGUAAAUAGUUGCUUGCUUGCGCGCCCGGGUGCUUCUUCUUCGCCUUUUUGUUUUAUCGAAAAGGUGCUCAUCCAUGUGCAUACUACGAAUAUUUUGAAUUCACUUGACUACUAUUCGAUUUUUUUCCGAAAAUGAUUUCGACGCCUGGAAAAACGCCAUAUAAACAUCGAUAUCUACAGGUUGGUUGUUUUUGUUCCGCUUGUUGAGUUUUUUCCUUCCCUCUGGAUAUUUUUUUGUUCUUUUAUCGUUGAAAAAUGGAAGUAUUGUGCAAACUCUGAGAAGUCUUAUUUUCAAAUUAAUCCUCCUCCUUCUAUUUCUCUUUUGCCUUCUAAUAAUUUCCAUAUUUUAGUUUCUCAAGGGUCUCAUAAAUUGUUACUUUUACUACCAUUCACUUUUGGGGUGGUUUUAGUGCGUGUUCCAUUUGAAGUGCGAAAGAAGAUUCAUUUUGUAAUUGUAUAUGAUUUUUGGAUUGAGCGGAACUUUGGGUGGCUUCUUCUAGAUUCAGCGAAAGUAUAGAAGUUUUUCACCUGUUUUUGCUAAUAAAAUCAAGCUGUAUUUUUUAUCCAAAAUUUGAAUUUCGGAUAUUUGCAGGACUGAAAGAAUUUUAAAAAAAACUCCCAAGUUCGCUUCAAAAUCCAGUUCCAUUAAAAAUUAUAGACUUCAAAUUUAUUUCCAAUUUAAUUAGACCUCCUUUCCCCAAGCAAUAUUUUUUUGUUGUUGCUGCAAUAUCAAAUAUAUUAUCUUAUUUCUCAACGAUUUUUUCCUGCUUUAUUAAAUGAAUCAUGAGAUUUUUGUAAGAUUAAGUGAUAUGAAAAAGUGAAAUGAAAUGAAAAAUGAAACAGAUUAAAUCAUAUUUGAUUUUUGCCACAUACAUAAAUAUUUGUUGUUUUCUACAAAAAUCUCGUCAUCUUCUUCAUAUUUUCUCUAUGUUUUCUCUCUCUGUUUUAAGUAGAACUUUCUCUUGUGUGUGCUAAACCCAAACAAAUAUUAUUCUUAUGCGAAUAAUAAUAAUAUUUUUGUACCAAUAAAUAGUAAAUAGUAAAAUGCAUAAGUUAUGAUAUCCUUGUUAUUCGUUAGGUCAACAUAUUGACCCCUGGUGACCACUUUUUUGGAAGAUGUUUUAUUGGAGGACCAUUACAAUUUUUUUCGUGAGAAGUUCUUGGAUAGGACCACUUCAAAUUUGUUCCUCAAAAAUCCAUUUCUAAAAAAAUCGGAGGCCCUGAUUUCAAAAAUUCAAAGCCCAGGCUAAUUUUUCUAGAUCUUUCAAAAUCUCGUACCUUUUUCCAACUUACCCAAAUGCACUUUUUACACACUCACACUUGAGAGAAUUUCCAUAUCUUUUUUUUUAUUUCUUCGUACUUUUUUCCACACAUUCUUUCUUGCUCCUCCUCAUUUUGUUGUUGUUGAUUUUCUUCUAUCUUAUUUUUGUUUUACUAUUACUUUUUUUCCAAGCAAAAAUGAAAAAUAAUCAAAUUUAGUGACAGGUGCUCAAAAAAUUACUUUACUUUAUUGCAUUUGAGAUUUUCUCCUCGAAUUUUCGGUGCUGAGCCAGCCAUAUUUUGUGUAUCUUAUUUCAAUAACUCGUAAAUGUAUUAAAUAUCAAAUAUUUUUGACCACCUCGCUUUUUUCUUCUUUUUCUUCUUCCACUCCAAAAUGUAUCGGGUUUCGGAUGUUUCUGGUGUUGGAAAGAUCAGAUGAUGCGUCUGCUCUUCAUCUUUUUUUGAAUAUUUUUGUCGCCUGCUUGAUAUACAUUGUCUUUUUAUGUUGCCGAUGUUUUGUGGUGGAGAGGGAGGCGAAUUUAAAUUUUGCGAGAAACAGUGGAUUUUUCUUGCCAACUUAUUUUGAGCUCCAGAUUUUGAAUAUCAAUAAGUAGCCAAUCCUAGAAAGCCUGGUUCUCAAGUUGCCGCGCCUACAGAUUAUAACUGUCAAGUCCCCGCAUCUAGAGAUCUACUCUGGCCAGAAGCCGCGCCUAGAAAUCAUAGCUGUCAAGUAUCCGAGCUUUGAAAGUUUAACUGUCAAGGAUCAUAUUCUACUAGAAUAUGUUUUUUUCACGUCUAGAAUAAUUCUAGACGUGAAACUUUUGAAAAUUUGAUUUUCCGUCGUGUUUAGAAUUUUCGGCCGUCAAAAAAAAAAGUUAAGAAUUAAAUUGAAAUUUUUAAAGGCUUCUCAAUCUAGAAACUUUUCCGUGUGAUUUUUAAUUUUUAAUUUUGUAAAAAAAUCUUUUGAUUCUGAAAAGUAAAAUCAUCCAAAAAAAAUCUUUCGAAAAAUCAAAUUUUCUCAUAAAAUAUACUAAAAUCUGCACAAAAUUGCACAACCCGCAGAUAAAAUUUCUAGCGCCAAAGGGAAAUAAAAUCACAAAUCAAUAAAAGUACACACCAAACACCCUCCCUUUUUUGUCCACCCUCACUCACCGCAUAAAAAAUCACCAAUAUAUCAUAAAUGACCUUUUUGUUGCCCUUUGACAUGCAUACAAUACUGAUCCUAUCUUACUUCUUACUUAGUAGUUUUUCCGUUUCUUUUUUUCUCUAAUGUCCUUUUUUUUGUCAUUCCUAGGUUUUUUUUUUGGCGGAACGAGAGUAUGUGUUUUUUUCCGUUUCUUGGUGGUUCCACUCAAAACCCCUUUUUUUCAACCAAGAGAUUUGUCUCAUGGGAUCUGUAGUUUUUUUUUCUGUCGUCAACACUAUUUUGGUAGAGAAAAGAAUGGACAUUUUUUGGAAGAGGAUUUUUUUGUUGAGAAAAAUAGAAGAACUGGUUGGAUUAGAAGAUUGUUUGAUUUUUGAAUUGCUAUUCUUGCAAAAAAAUGAAAAAAAAAAUGAAAAUAUGAAUUUUUCUUGUGAUUUUGAGAUUCUUGCAACGAAUUAAAUUUUUUGAGCUUGUCUAAAAUCUGAGAGACUUUCCAAGAAUUCUGAACAAUUUUUUCGGAAAAUUUGUGUUUUCUUGAAAAUUAGAAACCUUUUCCCUGUAAAUCUUUGGAAAUUUGGAAUUCCAGUAAUAAACAAAAAAUCCGGAAUAUCUGAAUUUCCAGAAAAUGUAUCUCUCUAUUUUUUUAGAACAAAAAUCCAAUUUUUCAAAAAAAAUAUGAAAUUUGUUCACUUUUUUUCCGAAAAGUUCAAAUUUUCGCCAUUUUUUUCUCAAAAAACUCAUUCGUUUUUUUCAAACUCAAACCUCAGUGUCCAUCCACAUUUUUCUGUGUCUCAUAAUCCGAACGAAAAGUGAUUGAUGCGUUUACAAUUUUUUGCAGUGUCCUUCUCAUUUUUCCCCGCUCCAAUCUUCAUUUUUUUGUGUCUUUUUUGCUUCCCGUUGUUUUUCAUUAAAACCACAUUUCGUCCACUUUUUCUUCUUGUCCCGCAUUUUGUCUUAUCAAAAACAAAUGCACAUUUCUAUUCUACUCUAUGUGUAUUUUUAUUUUUAUUUUAAAUAUUGUUGUAUAUAUUUUUAUGGCUUUUUUCGUCCGAUGUUUUUCGAUUCUUUCUGACUGAACAUUUUUUUUUGUUGGAAAAGUUCAAAAAUCCCAAGAAUUUGGGUUUUACACAUGGGAAUCUCGAAAAUUUUAUAUAAAAAAUAGCUAGAAAAUUUUUUAAAGUUCAAAAAUAUCGACCUUAUCAGCUUCAAAAUUGUUCAAAUAUCUCGAGUUUUUCAAUAAAAAAGCUGUAAUUUUUCAAUUUUUUAGUUUCAUUGAAUUUUUUUUUGUUUUCAAUUUUCAAACUUUGUUUCCUAAUAUUAACACAUUCUUCUAAAUCUCGAAAUUUUACAAUUUCUAAAUAUUCUUCACAAUUUUCUCUCCCGACUGUCAAUAUCAUUUUCUAUCCUUCUGUCAAUCUUCUAUUUACUCCAUAAUUCUAUUGUUCUUCCCAUUUUUCCCUCUGACAAUAACUAAAUUACGGAAUUUAUGCACCUGUUCACACGGUUUGACCGAUAAUCGUAGUAGAAAUACCAAGAUGUUUUUUAUUUAUUUUUCCCUUCAUAAAUCUGGCCAGUUUUGUUAGGCCAAAUUCAAAAAAAAACAAGAAGUCAAAACUUGAGUCCCAUUAUAAUAUAAAACUAGAAUGUGAUUGACCUUCGAUUUUUUUUCUAAUGCAUUCCUAAUCAUUUUUUCUUCUUGUUUUACUCGUCAUAAUCCCAAAACACAUUUUUUGUGGAUGAAAAAGUUGAUGCUUUUGAAGUUUUGGGUCUCGCAUGUUCCUUUAAACACAAAAAAUCGCUUCGAGACCUAUAGGCUCCUUCAAAAUUCUCUGCCAUUUUCGAUCAUUCUUUCACUCAGAAUCACAACUGUUUCCCUUUCUUUUCGCCGAGUUUCGAAAUUGAUGGUUUAGUCAGAUAUGACUCUCCUCUUUUUGUUGCUUCCUCUUUCGAGUUACCUAAUCUUCUCAUGUUUCCAUAUUUUCCCACCAUAUUAUUAUUAUUAUUAUUAUUUUGGAAAUGCGCAACAAGUGCUAGAAAAUCGCUGCCAAUUAGCAUAGGAUUACUGUAGAUCUUUUUAGUUUUUCUAUUAGUCAUGGAUACAAAUUGAUGGUUUAAAAGGCUAUAAUUUGGAUUUGUACGAAGUGGAGAGAAAUUGUGGUUGAAAUGUAGUAGUUUUUGGAGUUUUCGAUGUGGAAAAUUUUUUCAAGAAUUUUGAAAAUCUGAUUUUUUCAGCCUAUAUUGAAGAGAAGGUUUUGACCCGGAAAAUCAGAUUUAAUUUAUUUUAAGUUUUAAUUUCUAGAAAUUUCACGAUCAAAUUUCGGAUAAAAAAAUCAAAAAAUUUGUUUUUAGAAAAUUCCAGCUGAAAUUGUCUUAUAUUUUUCUAUCGAACCUUUGUGCUCAGAAUUUUACGCUAAAAAAUUCCCUGAAAUGUUCCAGAGCAGUUUUCCAGGGGUUCUAGAAAUUUUGAGCUCAAAACCUCAUAAUUUUCUGUCUCUCCCUGCUCAAUCUGUUUUCAAAUGUUUCAUGUGUUGUUCAAUCAAAUUAGCAAUUAGUAUUUCACCUGCGUGCUCAUCCUCUGCCAAUAAAUAAAUAAAUAUUACAUUAAUCCUCUCCUCCUCCCUGUAAUGUUUUUUUUUCUACUAAAUUUGAAUUAAUCCUUGUGCUCUUUCUGUCCUCCUGUUGACACCUGUCGCCACAGUACACACCAGAUUAACCCCCUGUUCCACCCUCAAUUUAUCUCAUCUAAUGUUACCGCGCAAAUUAUGUAGUGUGUAAAGCGGAGCCGAUUAUUAUUAUAUAUUUAUUAUUCUUCUUCUUCCUCCUCACCACAUUUUGAUGGUUUCUUUGUCUCGAGAAUUAUAGGCCACGCCCAUUAUUUGCAUCUUCUUAUUUUUGUUCUUGUUGCGCAAGGAAAAUGGGCGUGGCCAGUUUUUUGAGCUCUUUCUCAUUUACCUAAUUUUUUUGAGAGUUGAGCUAACUGGCUAUUUUUACAGCUCUAAAAUUAUGAAAAGAAUUCAAUUUUUUAAAUUAAUUAAUAUUCUUGUUUUGCAGAAAAGUCAUCAACGCAAUCAGGUGAUUGAUCACAACGAGUUGACUGAAAAAUUGAAUCGGCUAACAUCUCCUUCGCUCGUUUCAAAUCAAUCGACGACACAACACUCGAUGCCUGCGGCGAAAAUUGGCGAUACGAGUACGUCGAGUUUGCCAGCGCCAACUGUCUCAACACCGCCAAUGUCGAAACCGGUCACAACAAGCAAAUCACUCAAUAAUAGUGUUUCCUCGUUUUAUAGUGAGUUUUUUUUGGGGGAUUUGAAUUAGUCUAGGCGCUGAUCCUUGGUAAUUAGACUCUCUAGACUUGGCUCCUUGACACAAAAUCUCUCAAGAUGUCGUACCGAGCCACAGUGACUCUCAAGGCCCAGCUCCUUGUCAUAGUGGAAGUCUAGAUGUGGGUCCUAGACAAUUAGGUUCUCAAGACUUGGCUACUUGAAAUAAAAGCUCUCAAGGCGCAGCUACUUGUCAGAAUGGAAACCUCGAUGUAGGCCCUAGAAGAUUAGGUUCUCUAGGCUUAGUUGCUUGCCAACUAGGUUUUCUAGGAUCGGCUACUUGACAUGCCGAAAAUCCUGAUUAUUUUCAAAUUGAAAAUUUAGAGUACAGUUUUUACUUUUGGAAAUCACUCGAAAACUUCCAAUUUUUCUCCCAAAAAACGUGACCUUCUGAAAUUUCAUUUUAAAAAUUCCACUCUCAAUGACAUUUUCGAAAAAAAAUUCAAAAAGUACCGUAUUCCCAAAUGCUAAUUGACCACCCAUAUUUAUUUUCAAACUUCAAUUCAUUCAUCGAAUUUCAAUAGACACUUGAUUACGCUUCCAACUAACUAAUUAUGUAUACACAACCCCGAAAAAAAACGCCAAUAAAUUUCAAACUUUCUCUCCUCAUUUCUUUUGAUUUAUUCAAAAACGCCGAAACCUAUUGUUUUUUUUGCAGAAAUUUCACCGGAAGAAUUCAAAAAAGAUGUUCAACGAUAUAAUUUGUUGCGAAACAAGAAAAGUGAACUCGAGAGGAAAUUGUUUGAAAAAUUGAGAGAAUUGAAAGAUGUUUGUGUUGAAGAAGGUGAUAUUACUGGAGAAUUACCUGAAGAAAUUCAUACCGCAAUAUUGCCUGGAGAUGAUUUUCCAAGAUUGAAAAAACGAGUUGGCACAGCUUAUUCGAUUCCAGAUGAAUUGAUCAAAGCAGACAAGGUAAUUUUUUGUUUCAAUAACCCUUUAUGA